AUGCCUUCUACUCUUUUGUUCCUCGGCGCCGUACUCUCUGCGGCAGCCGUGCAGGCUGCGUCUUUGAGAGACAUAUGUUCCAACGACUACAUUAAAUCAGCUCUUCCCGAUGACGACUUCCUAUCCGGUAUCACCAUAGACUCGUCGUCGAUUCAGACCAGCCUAGUCUCCAAUGCCAGCUUUCAGUCCGAGUGGUACCCCUCUGCCAGCGCCAGCUACUGCAACUUGACCUUUGCCUACUCACACGAUGGUAUUGCCGAUGAUGUGGUCCACGUCUCGUACUGGCUUCCUUCUCCAGAAAGAUUCGAGAACCGCUACGUAUCUACCGGUGGUGGUGGUCUUGCCAUUAACUCGGGAGGCCAAUAUGCUCCCUCUGGACUGAUUGUCGGUGCCGUUUCUGGCAUUACUGAUGGAGGAUUUGGAUCUUUCAACACGCAAUGGGAUGAGGUAUUCCUUCUAGCCAACGGUACCAUCAACUGGCAGAGCGUCUACAUGUUUGGCUAUCAAGCACACCACGAGCUUGCGCUACUCGGCAAGGAAUUAUCCCGAAAUCUGUACAACGUUUCUAAAAGUUCAAAGGUCUACUCAUACUACCAAGGUUGUUCCGAAGGUGGUCGUGAGGGCUGGAGUCAAGUUCAGCGGUUUGCCGAUCAAUUCGAUGGCGCGGCCAUUGGCGCCCCAGCCUUUCGUUACGGUCAACAGCAGGUCAACCACUUGUUUGGCAACGUCAUCGAACAGACUCUGGAUCAUUUCCCACCUUCAUGUGAGCUAGAAAAGAUCUUGAACUUGACUAUAUCUGCAUGCGAUGUCCUGGACGGAAGAGAGGAUGGCAUUGUUUCGCGCUCGGAUCUGUGCAAUCCCAGUGGUGGACCAGGCGGAUUACGCGUUCGUCAGUUCUCUCAGCCAUCUACCCCUGCUCAGAAUGGGACCGUAACCGCAGAAAGUGUCGCUGUGGUCCAGACAUUCUUUAAUGGCCUUCACGACUCCAAGGGACGACGCGUUUACCUCAACUAUCAACCUGGAUCUGCGUUUUCCGAUCUCGCCACCGCCUAUGACGAAGAAACCGAGAGCUGGGAGUUGAGCAUCAGCGGUCUCGGCGGUGAGUGGGUUGAACGCUACCUGUUGCUCCAGAACGCGAGCACCCUUCCCAGCCUGGAUAACGUAACCUACGACACACUCAAGGAGUGGAUGGUGUAUGGCCAGAACAAGUACGCAGACUCUCUUCAGACAACCUAUCCCGAUCUCAGCGACUUCAAAGCUGCAGGCGGCAAGGUCAUCCAUGUCCACGGCGAAUCAGACGACUCCAUCCCGGCUGGCUCGUCAGUGCACUACUAUGACUCUGUACGCAGCGUCAUGUUUCCCGACAAGAGCUACAAUGAGAGCGUGGCUGCUCUGGAUGACUUUUACAGACUGUUCCUCGUCCCUGGUGGGGCUCACUGUGGAAGUAACUCUAACCAGCCUGGUGGUGGUUGGCCCCAAACUACACUGCAAACUGUUAUUGAAUGGGUUGAGAAGGGUGUUGCUCCCAAGACCCUGAAGGGUACUGAUGACAUUGACACCAUCUGCCGCUGGCCUCUUCGUCCUCUCUGGUCGGGAAAGAAUUCUUCGCAAAGGUGCGUGUACGAUCAAAAGUCACUUAAUACCUGGACAUAUGACUUUGAUGCCUACAAGCUUCCCUUGUACUAG